GAAAUCACGUCGCUUGCAGUGAAAAGUUAACCAUAGUCGUUACACUUGUAAAUUGUACAUGUUUGUAUACAAGUGCAAUUUUAUGUUCAAGUUUUUGCUUAAUUCAGAGAAUUUUUAAUGGCUCACGACAAGAAAACCGUAAGGCGAAGUCGAUCGCGUGAACGAGAACGUGAACGUGAAAGAGAUCGGGAACGACGAGAUAGAAGACGAUCAAGAAGCAGAUCGAAGGAUCGGAAAAAGGACAGAAAACGUUCAAGAUCGCGUGAAAGAUCAAGGGAAAGAGACAGAUCACGCGAAAAGGAUAGGGACAGAUCGAGGGAGAGACGAGAGUUCAAAGACAAAUCAAAAGACGAGAAAAAGCGUAAACCAAGUCCUAUAUUUGUUAUAGAAGAUGAGAAUAAAAAGGAGAAUAAAACUGAGCCAAAGAAAGAGGAGGAGGAAGUUGAGGAAAAACCAAAGCCUCCUCCAAAGAAAGAACCGCUAAGUUUAGAAGAAUUACUGGCUAAGAAGAAGGCAGAAGAAGAAGCACGUGCUAAGCCAAAAUUUCUAACUAAAGAAGAACGUGCUGCUUUGGCCAUACAAAAACGACAAGAAGAGGUUGAAGCAAUGAGAAGGCAACAGGAAGACUUACGUAAAUCUUUGCAUAGUGAAAAUACUGGGAAAGACAGGGAGUGGGAUGAUAGGGAUAGACGUAGAGAUAAUCAACGUACAAGAGAGGAUGAAAUUAAGGAUAAGGACAAGGAAAAAGAAGUAGAAGCUAUUAAAGAACGUUAUUUAGGAUUAGUGAAGAAGAAACGACGUGUUCGAAGAUUAAAUGACAGAAAAUUUGUAUUUGAUUGGGAUACUUCAGAAGACACCUCUGUUGAUUAUAAUAGUAUAUACAAGGAAAGGCAUCAGGUACAAUUCUUUGGUAGAGGAAAUCUUGCUGGGAUAGACAUUAAAGCACAGAAACGAGAUCAAAGUAAAUUUUAUGGAGAAUUAUUAGAAAAGAGAAGGACAGAAGCUGAGAAAGAACAGGAAAAACAUUGGUCAGAGAAAGCUCUUCAUGAAAUGACAGAAAGAGAUUGGCGUAUAUUUAGAGAGGAUUAUAAUAUUACAAUAAAAGGAGGACGUAUACCUGAUCCAAUUAGAUCAUGGAAAGAAUCAGGAUUUCCAAAAGAAAUUCUUGAUAUUAUUGAUAAAGUCGGAUAUAAAGAUUUAACACCUAUUCAGAGACAAGCUAUUCCCAUAGGACUUCAAAAUCGUGAUAUUAUUGGAGUUGCUGAAACUGGAUCUGGAAAAACUCUAGCAUUUUUAAUUCCAUUGCUGUUAUGGAUUACUAGUUUACCAAAAAUUGAAAGAUUAGAAGAAGCAGAUCAAGGUCCUUAUAGUAUAAUUUUAGCGCCAACUCGUGAGUUGGCUCAACAAAUUGAAGAAGAGACUAAUAAAUUCGGACAACCAUUAGGUAUAAGAACGGUUGUAGUUGUAGGAGGUCUCUCAAGAGAAGAACAGGGAUUUAGAUUGAGAAUGGGUUGCGAGAUCGUUAUAGCCACACCAGGACGAUUAAUUGAUGUAUUAGAAAAUCGAUACUUAGUUUUAAAUCAAUGUACUUACAUUGUAUUGGACGAAGCUGAUAGAAUGAUAGACAUGGGUUUUGAACCAGAUGUUCAAAAAAUUUUGGAAUACAUGCCAGUUACAAACUUAAAACCAGAUAAUGAAGAUGCCGAAAAUGAAGAAAAGCUUUUAGCUAAUUAUAAUACAAAGAAAAAAUAUAGACAAACUGUAAUGUUUACUGCAACUAUGCCACCUGCGGUAGAACGAUUAGCUAGAACUUAUUUAAGACGGCCUGCUGUUGUAUAUAUCGGCAGCGUAGGAAAACCAACAGAAAGAACGGAACAAAUCGUACAUAUAAUGGGUGAAGCUGAUAAGCGUAAGAAAUUAAUGGAAAUACUUAGCAGAGGAGUUGAACCACCAGUCAUUAUAUUCGUUAAUCAAAAGAAGGGAGCUGAUGUUCUUGCAAGAGGUUUAGAAAAACUAGGCUACAAUGCUUGUACUCUUCAUGGUGGCAAAGGACAAGAACAAAGAGAGUACGCACUUGCUUCUUUGAAAAGUGGUAGUAAAGACAUUCUGGUUGCCACUGAUGUAGCAGGUCGUGGUAUCGAUAUUAAAGAUGUAUCUAUGGUCAUUAAUUAUGAUAUGGCUAAGACUAUAGAAGAUUACACACAUCGUAUUGGUAGAACUGGACGUGCUGGAAAAGCUGGUCUUGCUAUUUCAUUUUGUACCAAAGAUGACAGUCAUCUAUUCUAUGAUUUGAAACAAACUAUUCUUGCAAGCCCUAUAUCCACCUGUCCACCUGAAUUACUAAAUCAUCCAGAUGCUCAACACAAACCUGGCACAGUGGUUACGAAAAAACGUCGAGAAGAGAAAAUAUUCGCCUAGAAACAAACAAAAAUCUAUUUACAAGCAUUUGUUUAAAACUAUCAUGUACGUUUAUUUCUUAUACAUACAUAUUUUUUAUAGCAAAUAAAUAGAAUAUAGAGAAAGUAUUUAAUAAAACGUGUAAUAAAGAAAGUACAUACUUAAAAUGUAAAUAAAUACAUUUUAAGAAAAUAAUAUUUACUUGUUAUUACAAAUUAAUUUAUGCAAAUUAAAAAACUGUUCAUAUUUUAGGGUUAAAAUUAAAAAAAUAUUCUUAAAUGAAUCUUUAUUAUCAAUAACUGAUAAUUUAAACAAUACUUUUAUCGCAUUCCUUAUGAUUCAGUUUUACCAAAUAAUUAUAAUUAAGGAAGAGGAGCAGGUGGAAGUAUAUAGUCUCCGUCAACUUCACAUUCCUUAUCCCAAUUAUCUGGAAUCAUUGGUUUUAAAAUCUGUAUGAACUUUUCAAGAGGACAUAUUGUUGAACAUCCAGGAACAGUCAAAGGAUAUGGCCCGUGUUUAGUGGUAUUUCUUAAGAAUAUCUGAACAGUCCAUUCGUCGUUUUUCUUAUGUAAUUCAAUCAUUACCAUAAUAUUAUAAUAUGGCAUUUGAUUGUUCCAUACAUGCAUAACAUCCAUCAAAGUUACAAUGGUACUGUCAUGACCAAUAUACAUAAACAUUUUCCUUUCUUCAGGUUCUAAAGUAUUAUCUUUCUUUGUUAUCAUAU